AUGCGCGCCGCUCUACGCGCCUCACGCCCGCUUCUUUCAUCAUCCACGCCCAAGAGCUUCGGUCACCCAGACUCUAGUACUUCUGAUGUACUUCUUGAGCUUGACAUGGAUACGCUGUUGGCCGAUAUCGCCGCCGGACGCAUGGAGCUCCGUUCGCCUGACGUCCAUCUUCAGACUGUACUCGCCGGCCGCGACAUCGAAUGGCGCGUGCACGACGGCAAUGAUGAGGACGCAUGGAUCACACUACGGAUCAGACUUGUCGCUGGAUAUUCGGCGCGCUUGAGGGCUUGGUACGCGGACAUCGCGUCACGCGCUCUGCCGGUCUCUGAGGACGAAGCAUUCGCGACGCUCGUGCGCACGCCAACGCAUGCACUACUCGAUCUGGACGUCAUACCUCCCUGUCACAUCACAGCCCUUCUAGCCCGUCUCCCACGCAACAUACGCGCCGUCCUACUCCUCUCAUCCGCGUCGGCCCCGUACCCGCCAUCAGAUCUCUCUGUCACUUCUCGCCCAUCAACCUCUCUACCAGCACUCCGCGCCUAUCCCUUCACGCGACCCCGCUCAUCCGCCGCACUGCGCACCCAACUCCCCGAUCUUCUCCGUAUACUCUCCGAAGCGGGUGUCGCGCUCGAGAAGGUCGAAGAUGCCGGUGAAGCAUAUGCGAAGGCGCUUGUGGACGCAGCGGAUACGCUCGAAGGGGAGGGAGCAUCGCGCGACGCGUUUGUUGCUGCGCAUGAGAAAUGUGGGGAAAGGGAGGCUGCGGAAGCUGCACAGGAAAAGGGGAGGCGCGCAUGGCGCGCGGAGGUGUUGAGAGGGCGGUGGGAGGCGGCGCUUGUGCGUGCUGGUUCGGUGAGGAAGUGGGCGGUUAGCGUGCGCACUUGA